AUGGCUGGAAACUCUCGAAAUGUUGCAAGGAAAACGAAUAUUUCAUCUGUGAGAGACCCAAAGGUGAGUUGUUCCUGUUGGGAACUUGGCAUUAAAAAUGUUGGGGAGGCUCCGAUCGUACGAGGUAUGACAGGAGUACAGGUAAUAUUUGAUCACUUGGGGCGCUUUCCAAAUACUCUUAAAUGAUCAGCAUUAGAGCAGUCUCAUGAUCAUAUGAAGGAGGCUCGCACCCAUUUCUUACCCAUUCGAGUUUGAUGUUCCAUAACUUUGGCUGUAGUUCAUGUAUGGAAAAGCCACAAAGUGAAACAAGAUAUCGAACAUUGAAUUUAAUUUUGGAGUAUGUUUUGUUGACAUCACCGCUUCCUUAGCAACAGAAUAACGAUGACAUGAAAUCUAUUAAUUAGUAAUUUUCUCUAAAUCUACUUGUAUCAAUGAUCUGCAAAUCCUCAAGUGUGCUAAUAGUUUAGACCGUUGUCUUAACCGUGAAAAGAUUGAAAAAUCUUUCAGAGCGUUUUUGAAAUAUAAGGUUCUAAAAAUUUUGCAUCCCCCCAAAACGAUUAUUAUUAUUGGGCUCAAUCUGUUUGCUCUGUUAAUAUUUGACAAAUUAGGUCCAUUGGCUUGUUCUGCUGGGUCGUUUCUUAAUGGAGUAUCUUGCUACAAAGAAAAUAAUAACGAUACCUGGGAUGGUGCACGAAAAGAGUGUACUGCUUCUGGAGGCGAUUUGGUAAAGAUAAAUAAUGCUAGAGAUGAGAAGCACCGAUUUUUGAUUCAGUUCAUGGAAAUUAACGGUCUGAAGAAAAUGAACAUAGAUGUAAGUACCGAGUCUAUAACCCUUUGAGCUUCAAGACUGCAUGAUCGAUUAGCAUGAAAUUUCUGGUUGUAACUGAUGCUUAAAUAUAUUCUCCCCAACACAUCUGUAGGAAAAGUGUAAGGACAGGAAAUGGGCAUUUAAUUUGAGAUACUAGGUUUUAACUGCAUAUUGAGCUCGCUUAAGGCGCGGGCAAUUUAUUAUAAUAAGAGAUUUCAAAGAAGAAUGCGGCAAAAUCACAUUUUCAAUGUAGUUCGUGACACAGAACCAAUUGAAUCAGUUAGCCUGAGUAUCAGGCCUUCCUAAGGGGCUAGGGGAGAGGAGAUUUUAGAUGGGGGAGGGGGGAGGGGGAGAAGCUCUCUCUCUUUUUCUCUUCCAUCUUUCCCCUUUUCCUCAGAAACGCCUGAUACUCAGGCUAGAAUCAGUAGACAUUUUUAAUUUCAUUUUCAUUAGUUUCUGAUCUAAAACUCUAACCCUGCAAUGUAUCUUGAUUCUACGCAGCUAAAUAAUGUUCAAAAGACCACGUUUCACGUUACUUUGGGAAGCUGAGCGCACAAACUGAAUUAUUACAAGAUGCAAAAUACUGGUGAAUUUGAUAUAAAGCCAAUUGUUCUGCCCCUCAUCAGCUGAGACGUCCUGAUCUAAAAUGAUAUCUUGAUUGGAUAAUGAUGUCCUUUUUGACAAAAGUUAUUAACUUAAUUUGAUUGUAAGUAACUAAGAAACUGCAUACUGUCAUACUAAUGGCAGUGAUCUUAGUUACAUCAGGCGGACAACUCCCGCAACAACAUCAGCUUUAAUCAAUCAGUCUUAGAAAAGUCUUGGUCGAGAAAUCAUCAUAUAAGGUAAAAAAGGGAAAGAACUUAAAUAUAUAGGCUAAGACUGGUGUGAAUAACUAGCGAAUAACUAAGACAAUGACUACUAUACUUUGCUAAAAGAAACCAGAGCAUAAAAGAUUGACCAAUAAUACAAAAUUUGUGGCAGAUACUAUUUUCUAAAAUGACUAACAACACCUCAAGAGUAAAUCACGAAACAGAAAAAUGAUUGGUCAUAUGAUGUUCAAUGGCGUGACGGCAGAGAAUUUGACGAAAUGUUGCAGAUUUCUUUUUAAUAUCACGGCUUUAAACAGUAGAAACAUUCAAUUUUCACAUGAUAGCUAUUUCCCUGAAAAUUUCAAAAACUAAUUGUUACAAUUUGGACAAGUUGAGUUAAAAAAUUAGGAUUUCUUAACGGUAACAUUCAUAAGGAAAUCUAAUGACUCGAUUUGCGUAAACCUACCAAAUUAAAAAAUUAGGCUUUUUCGAUAUAUCCUUGUUGCCAUGCCAACGAUCGAAAUCUCACUUCUAAACUGUCCAUACCAAAUAUGAGCCUUAUACCUUCAACGAGUCUUGAAUGAUACUCCAAUGAUCACAGUGUUUCCAACCGCCUUUAUCGUGGCUUUUUAGGUAAAUUGUUCCAUUUAAUGUUUUUUUUUUCUCUCUAUCCCUUAUAAUUCCUUUAUACAGCACGUAUGGAUUGGCCGAAAAGGUGAUUCGAAUUGUUUGCAAAUGGAGACAGACACUGGAACGAUAGAAAAGGCGGGGGACUGUAACGAAAAAAAGAACUAUAUUUGUGAAAUGCCAGUAACAAGUACGUUUUAUAUCAUCCACAUCAAGAAGGUUAAACUUAACAUUUUACUGCACAAAUAGCCUAUGCUCAGUAUGAGAGCCCUGGAUAACACUAAUCUACUUAGCUAAUUAUUUAUUCAUACGGCAACAACCACAUAAGACGUUGUAUGAAAAUUAUUGCUUUUUCUCUAAAAUUGGGCGAAAUGUGCAUUACGUUUUUCCUCUUAAACUUUCGUUUAGUAUUUUCGGGUUAAAUUCUAUCAAAUUUUAGUGAAUAGCUUCCAAUGUAAUAAAAGCUCCACUUCUAGGCUUGUCUAAAAGCUAUAUGUUCACGCCUUUGCCCCAGACUUUGAGGUAAGUCACUUUGUAAGCGAGAUACUCGAUGGUUUUAAAGAAUUCUUCCUAUAAUUCUGCAUUUAUCUUUAGGUACCGUUUGUUAUGAGUACCCUAGCAGGAAUUCAUCUGUUCCCAUUACAGUCAACUGUGCAUUUCCAGAAAACCUUUGUUUCAAAUACGGAAGCGGCGAACAAGUCACCAUUCAAGGCUGUAUAUCCGCUGAUCAAUGCCGACAAUUAGAAGAUCAACAUUUACACUGUUGUGAAGGACAUCUGUGUAAUAGUAGUAAGUAUGAUGGACACAAAAAAGUUAAAAUAUUGCAAUUUAUGCCCGCCUUGCAAUGUUCCUCAGAAACAGGGAGAACUUAG